AGUUAAUAAUUCUUGUAAAUGAAAAUAUUUCAUCUAAAAUUAUCAUUUUUAAUUUAAGUUCAAAGAUAUAAUUCUUAUCAAAGUCAAAACUAUAGUGUAAUAUUGUGAAAGGUAAGAUACUCCUUAAACAACAUAUCAUGUGUCAACAUGACAUGUGUUUAAAUUUUAAACAAUGUUUAAGGGUUGUUUUGCCUUAACCAAUGCUCAAAUAGAACAAUUUUUAAACACGUGUUCAACGCGUGUUUAUCUUUUUUGUAAUAACACUGCUUAUGUUUUAUGAUUAAAUGUUAUUUAUGAUGAAUGAUAAAGAUUUAUGCAUUCAUUUGUUCACUUUUAGAGGAAGAAUUGAAGAGGUUGCAUGCUGCCGGCUAUGGACAAGUAGGGUUUAACUACGAUGCGCCUAAGGAGCAGGAAACUCUGCCAUUGGUGGAAGUGGAGGAGCCCUUCUUGCCUUCAGUAGCCUUCAAAGCGCUAUUGCCAGAAGGAAUGGUUUUGCCUGAAACUUUAAAACAGAAUGCCAUCAUAGAAAAAACGGCAAAGUUCAUAGCAAACCAAGGCACUCAAAUGGAGAUCUUGAUCAAAGCAAAGCAGAGGGACAACCCCCAAUUCAAGUUCCUCAACAAGGAUUCAGAACUGAACGCAUACUACACCGUUCUCAUAGGCCUCGUUAAAGCAGGCACAUGGCCUGAGAAGAAAAUCGAAGUGGUUGAAGAGAAACCACCAGAACCAGAUGAAUAUCUACAUCCAAGUUUGGCAUCAACCAUUAUUGAAUCUGCACCAUCUAUUCCGAGUAUACAGUAUCGGCCGUCAGCGGACUGUGAUUAUACGAUGCUAGUGUCCAAGAUGCGCGGUGAGAGUGCUCUGGACGAGCCGUAUAGUGAGUUGGCGCCGGGUGAGGAGCCGCCCCCGGGGACGGAGCCGCUGCCUCCGCGACCUCACGUCCAUCCACACGUCCACCACAUCACCAGGCCCCCCCUCAUGUACCACCGAGCCCCGUCCGAUGAUCAAUCGUCGUAUGUACAGCCGGUACAGUACGCGGCGUACAAUAGUCACCAUGUGGUCCCGUCCCCGCCUCCGGCUGUACCACAAGCGUCCACCAUCAUCAGUACUACCACUAACACGUCGACGGGACUCAGUUUGAUGAAAAACUAUAACACCGAUUCGGAGACCGAAGAUUCGGAUUUUGACGACACCUCAUCGACUGAAAGUAAACUGCCCGCCAUCUUGGUUCCGCCGGAAGACGUGCAGGUGGUCAUUGACAAAAUGGCCGCGUACGUAGCUCGGAACGGGGACGAGUUCGCGGAGAUAGUGCGUGCGAAAAACGACCCUAGGUUCACAUUUUUAGAGCCGGCUCACGAAUAUCACCCGUAUUACCAGAAACUGAUGCAAGAGAAGAGAGGGAUAGAUGUGAACGGCACUAAACAAGGGAAGAGGAAAUCGUCUGCACCAGUCUCCUUUUCAAUCAAGAAACUCAAAGAACCAGAUCCGAUAUUACCAAAGCCUGCUCUUCCAUACGAAUCGAGUUCCGAAGACGAAUCUGACAAACAAGAGAGACAUGACGAGCCUAAAGAUGUACCUAAACCUGUCCCACAACCUUUACCGGCUGUCAUUGUUCCACCAGUAGUCGUGUAUAAGAUAGAGAAUCCCACUCCGGAGCCAAUAGUGGAAAUCGUAAAACCAACACCGAAGCCGGUAGUGAUACCGAAACCGGUUGCGCCGCCGAAUCCAGUGCCGAUACCAAAACCGAUUCCAGAUGUGAAAGAGGAACCCAAACCGGUUGUUGUUGAAAUGAAACCGGCUCCUGUUGCCGAAGAGUGUAAUAAACCUCAGAUUGUCAACGACAAAAAGAAAGUGUCAGAGAGUCCUGUGAAAGAGAAAAGGAGAUAUAAAGAGAGGAAGAAGGAAUAUAGAUCUAAAUCGGAAGUAAAUGAGUCCUGGAGGCCAGAGAAGAAGAGUGUAGACAGGGAGAAAAGGAAAGAUAGGGACAGCGAAAGAGUGAAAAAGAGACGGGUUAUUAGUAAAGAAAUGUGUGAGAAUGAAAUAAUUUCACUGGUCGACAAUGCAGAAGAAUUGAUCGACUUGACUGGCGAUCACUCGGAUACAAAAGGUGACGUAGAAUCGGAAGGUGAUAAAGUGAAACAGCAGGAGAGACGUCGUCGCGCGGCGGAGUUUCUCAAGAAAGUGGGAGUCGAUCCCACCGCCGCCGCUCUCCCCACCACCUCGCUCGCCAGUGCCAUGGUGGAUACUCUGGAGUCGUUGAGGAAAAAGAAAGCGGAAGAAGAAGAGAAGAGAAGGAAACGCGAGAAGCGACGUCACCGAGACAGAUACGAUUAUCAAAAUGGAUCCGAGCGUUCACACCGAAAGAGCAAACGUCGAAGGAGGUCUUCGGAAGAUGAAUCUGAUUAUGAUGGCAAAAGAAGAAGGCGGAAGAAGGACAAGAAACACACCACCAAAAAUAGAAAAAGGAGAAGGAGAGAAACAGACAUUUUGGGAGAAGAUGUUGACCAACCGCUCAACAUCGACUUGACGAACACUCUUAAAGAGUUGAGGAAUUCAUCGCCGACCAAAGAACUGGUGCAAGACAUAGAUGCUGGUCAACAAAGUUUGGUGAGGCGCGACUCCGGGGAAGAAGAUGGUGAUGGGAAGAGGAAAGAUAGGCGGAAGAAGAAGGAAGAGAGAGAAUACAGCGAGGGGGAGUGGUCGAGUGAUAGUGAACAGGAUUCCGCAUCGUCAGCUAGCCGGAUGGAGGAAUGACUUGGUUAAACCGUCGAGUUUCUAAAGACUAAAUAGUAACAAGUAUAUUGUGCAUUUUAUUAUAUAAAAGUAUGUAUAAAUAAAUAGAGAUUUUAAACAUC